UACCGCAACAUUUCGACAACAACAACAACAACCACCACACGAACAACAACAACUAAAUAUAAAUAAAGUUAGGGAUCGAUACUAAAUAAAGUAAAUAGUUAAAAUUGGUCGAUAUGGAACAUUUUUAUACUGCAUGCGUUAUAAAAAUGCUUUAAGCACAUAAUAUGACAUAAAGAAUUUUAAAAUCUGAAGUUAAGUAUGCUUCGCGAAAAAAGAUGAUAAACAGAAAAUUACGUCUUGUGAACCGAGGGCUUGCUGGCAUCCUAUUAUUUUCAGUUGUGUUACUUUUGUAUAUUGCUGACUUACUUCCAGUGUCGCCCAAAUUAGAAAAUGAAAAGAAUGAAGACAACGUGCUACCAUCCAUCCAGAAGCUACACAGUCUUACUCACCAAGAGCUUGCAAUGCUGUAUCACAGGUACAUAAACACUGUGCAGGCGCUGUGUAAGAGGGUAGUGAGGAUUGGUAACCUUGGCGAUGGGGGCUGGGAGCUCUGUGAAGACAUCGAGUUCAGGCCUAAACAUCCCUGCCUUGUCUACUCAUUUGGGAUCAAUAAUGACUUCAGUUUUGAUGACAUGAUGGCAGACCGAUUCAAGUGUGAUGUAUAUUCAUUCGAUCCAAGCAUGAAGGAGACCCUAGAAGGGCCACGUGGACCCAGGCAGUGGUUCUUCCGGUCAGGGCUUAGUGAGCGAACAGAGACAUUCCAGAAUGAAUGGCAGGUCAGCACCUUGAAGGAUCUGCAAGAGAAACAUGGACACGGCAAGGACAAAAUUGAUAUUCUCAAGAUAGACGUUGAGAAGUUUGAGUGGCUAGCCUUAACCCAAAUUUACGAAAGUGGUGGACUGAAAAACAUUCGCCAGCUCCUGAUUGAGCUUCACAUGGGCAUGCGAGGGGUUGAAGCAGAGAAACUGGAGUACAUUCAGGGCCUUGGGAUUCUCAAACAUUUGUAUGACAAUGGGUUCCGCAUUGUGUACUCCCAUCGCAAUAUUUGGUGCAAAUUUCUAUCCAAGCUGCAGCACAUUGACGAAGUGGGCUGCCAUGAACUAACAUUUGUGUACAUUCCAUGAUACUUGUUUUUGUUUAAUGUCAUUAAUGUUUUAUCUACAAAGGAGGUUAUACAUA